AUGAACACGCAUAGGAGCUUACCUAACAUUUUACUAUGUGGCCCACCUGGCGUAGGCAAGAGUACUUUGGCGAAUUUGUUGGAAGAAGAUACUGAAUUAAACUGGAUCGAUGUCAAUAAAGUAGCUAUUGAUAGUGGAUAUGUAAGCGAGUAUGACGAAGAGUUACAAUGCAGCAUAUUCGACGGAAACACGUUAGUGAAACUUAUGGAGGAUUGGAUGAGAAAAGGAGGACAAAUCGUGGACUAUCGUACAGCCGACUUGUUCCCUCCAAGUUGGUUUGACGCUGUGUUUGUCCUUAAAGCAAACAAUGCUACUUUAGACGACCGUCUACAUAAAAGACGGAAGACAGAAAGAAAGACCAAGAACAAACCAGAUAGCAAUCUAGGAGCUGAAAUUUUUGUAAUUGUUAUCCAUGAAACACAAGAGUCGUUUAACCCAGAAAUAGUGUAUGAACUAACGAACAAUGUUCCAGAAGACAUGCCAAUUAAUGUAGAUAGAAUACUUGAAUGGAUGGAGGAAUGGAUAAAAGAUAAUAUGUAA